GUGAUAUAGGGACCCAAAGAGGACCAGGAGUCUGAGUCAGAACUAACUGUGACUGAAUUGAAGGCAUUGCGUAAGCAGCAGCAAGCAAAACUAGAAAAGACAAUGUUGGGAGAGGACUCUGAUGAGGAAGAUGAAAAAGAGGAGAAAAGUGAAAGGAGUCAGAACAGUGAUAUGAGCUGCUCGUGGGGAAUGGGUGAGGAUGCUGAGGAGGAUGAGGUUGAAGAAAACCCUAUUGCUGUUGAUUUUCAGGAUGUUCAAGAUGCUUUCUAUAUGAAAGAUCCUAGGAAGGCCUUACAGGGCUUUUUUGAUAGAGAAGGAGAAGAGUUAGAAUAUGAAUAUGAUGAUCGUGGGCACAAUAGCUGGCUGUGCAGGAUCAAGUUGCCUGUGGAUGAUGCAACAGGGAAGCAGCUGGUGGCAGAGGUUCUCCACUCAGGAAAAAAGAAGGAGGCAAUGAUACAGUGUGCACUGGAAGCUUGCAGGCUACUUGAUGCUCGGGGAGUACUGAGGCAAGAAGCAGUAUCCCGAAAAAGGAAAUCAAAGAACUGGGAAGAUGAGGAUUUUUAUGACAGUGAUGAUGACACCUUCCUCGAUCGAACUGGUGCUGUGGAAAAGAAACGACUGAACAGAAUGAGAAAAGCUGGUAAAAUAGAAGAAAAACCGGAGACUUAUGACUCCUUGGUCACAAAGCUAAAGGAAGCUGAAAAUGAGCUUUCUGAGAUAACAGAGAAGUUGAAGGCUUCAGGGAAAGUCCAGUCCCAGCCAGCAGCUCAAGAUUCCUUGGAUGAAUUCAUGACUGAAAUAAAAUCAGGAUGCACCUUAGACAGUGUGGCACGAAAAAAACUUCACUUGCGGUCAUUUGAACUGAAGAAAGAGCAACAGAGACUGAAAGGGUUAAUAAAGCUUGUCAAGCCUGCAGAACUACCUGAGCUGAAGCCUCAGGGUGGGAGUUACACUCUGAACACAGAGAACAAGCCUAAAAAGAUGAACCUGCCUCUCUUCGGUGCAAUGAAAGGGGGGAGCAAAUUCAAACUGAAAACUGGAAGCCUAGGGAAGUUGCCUGUUAAGCGUCCAGACAUCCCUGAAAGCUUGUUAAAAAUGAAAGAUGAUGGACCAGAAGAAGAGGAGGAGGAGGAGGAAGAGGAAGAAAUGGAAGAGCAGCAAAAAGGAGAUGCAGUAAACAGCAGAGCAUCAAAGCUGGAAAUGAAAACGACAACAGAGGAAGAAACAGGAAAAGAAACUAAUGCUCCUGAUAGUUCUCCUUGCAAUAACAAGAAUCUAGAAUCCCUUCAGGAUGGGGUUGAUUUUCAGCCCGAGCCAAAGGUACUGAGGAAUGAAUCUCAGAUGGGACCUUCACAAGAGAAAUCUCAAGUAUCCGAGGCAGUAAAUAAGGAACCUGAAGAGACAUCUGAGAAAGUUAAGAAAACCAAUAGCUCAAGGAAGGUUCAACAACCUUUUUUUUCCUCACAGUACCCAGAUGAUGACCCAGACUACUGCAUAUGGAUUCCUCCUGCAGGUCAAAGCGGUGAUGGCAAGACUCAUCUCAAUGAAAAAUACGGCUAUUAAGCUUCAAGUGCACCAGAGGACGUCUGAGGUUUGAGAGACUACUUUGGAUUCUUUCACUACAUGUGAAGUGAGGGAUAAGAGAGUUGGUUUUUCAGAUGCUGUUUCAAAUUCAAGGACAUCAGCAGCUGCUCUAGCUCAGCUCUCCCCGUGUGUCCUUUGUUUGUCUUUCAGAUACUUUCUUAAAGAAAAAGCCCACAUGUUGUUCUGCUUCUUUUUCCACUUUUUAGCCUUGUAUUUUUUAUUUGGUUUGAAACUGUAGGAUCAUUUUUUCUUUUGUAAAUAAAAGUAUACAAAAAAUAUUAAAAGAAUACACCUUAGUGUACUUACAGGCUUGAUAAAAUUUAUUCAUGUUGGGUUUAUGCAAUUAAAAUAAGAAAUACUA